AUGACAGGAAGGACAGAACACGGCCCUGCCACCAUCCCAGCAGCUGACAGCAAGCACGGAUGGCGGCAGCCACCAUCCGUGGCAGCAGGGACCUGUCACCAUCCCUGGGCACACGCCUGCAGUUCCCUGGCACUGCAAGGAGCUUCAUCCCAGCAGGAAGCCAGACCUGCUGCCAAUAGAAGGACUCAUUUUGCCUAGCAUGCCAUGCCCAGCCAUGACUCUCCAAGCUGCCAUGGCCCUGCACUCUGCUGGGCCCACAGCACACCCCAUGAAUACCAAUGAACAAAUAACCAGAGCACAAGAGCUGAGGAGCUGUCAGCAGGUAAAGGGCUGGUGAACCCCCGUGGGACAUCACUCUACCAGUUUGUUCCACAGAGGAGGAGGAAGGGCCUCAUGAGUCCCCAUCCCACUUCUCCACCUCCAGCAUCCCCAGUACAAGGACUUUACAAGGCCAAGGGGGCUCGAGGGUCUCUACCUGCUUUCUCAGGGACCCCUGCACUUGCUGGGCUGCUGUGAGAGGUAAACAAACCCACCUGGCUGGCUCACCUGGCCAGAACUGCUGCUUGACGUGCAAAGAUCCUUUGCAGGCUGGUGUUUUCCUCCAGGGUGACCUUCCCACUUGGGAAGCAGCUUAGCUGCCAUCUGGCUCAUGUCUUCUCUUCCCAGCAGCACAACCUGACCUCGAACACCCCACAUGUGACGAGGACUGCAUGGAGCCAUGCCCCCAGGGGAGCCACAGGGACUGCAGGACUCCAGCUCCCUACAGAGACUUCAUGUGACACAAGUAAACACCAGCACCAAGCUAAGGCUGGGGAGCUGCUUGUGGACACAAUUCCCCUUUUGCCAACUCAGGGGAUUCAGCUGCUCCAAGUGCUUUCCCCUGAAGUGGGUAAGGGAUAAAAAAUGUAACAGAAAAGUUUGGAUCACGAUGGAAUUGGUCCAGACCAAAACACAGGGUCUUCACAUGCCAAAUCCAUUUACUGUCCAAGUGUCUCAGUCUCCAUUCCACAGCUCCCUGGGCUGGCCCCAGUCCCAGCAGCUCUCAACAGCCCCAGCACCCGAGAACUGCAGCACCAGCGCCUGCUUCCACCCCUGGGUAUGUGCACCCCCAAAAACAGUGAGCAGAGUAUCCCCAAGCCUUCUCCCAGACUUCUUUGGGCAGGAGCAUAUCUCAGCUCCCCAGAGCAGCCCCUGGCUCCCCACGGCAGCCACAGGCUCAGCUGCCUCCUGCCGCAGGACAGUGGGUUCCAGAGCCAGGCUGGCCCAGGGCUGGGACACCCAAACCCAAGCGGUGGGACAGGGCACACCAGCUCUCCUGGCUGGGCGCCGAUGCUCUCAGGUUCCUCUGCCCAGCAGGCACAGCUCCCUGGGGCACAGCCAGGCCUCUGCAGAGCCUCCCAGCAUUUCCCAGAGACCGAGCUGUGCGGCUCCUCGGCAGCAGCUGCCCGGGAACGCCCGGGCCCGGUGCCGCACCUUCCCUGCCCACUGCAGCCCUGGCACCGCUGCCAGCGCCUGUCACCAGAGGGGUCAGCUGAGCCCUGCCUGCGCUGCCAGGGCUCCCGCACCGCCUCUCCCGCACCCUGCGGUGCCUGCUGCUGCUCUCCGGCCCCUCAGACGCAUUCACGGUUACCAUAGGAACCAGUGAAACCCGAACCGAAGAAGCAAACGGAGAGACAGGCAGCGGGGAAAACUGUUUUGAUGCCCCGGUGCCACCUGCGUGGGUGAGUUUAUCCUGACUCUGUGUGGUUUAUCCUUGGGAGGACAGGCAGGGCUUGCCCUGCAUCACUCAGCCGUGCUCCGUCCCUCCAAACACCGUCUCGCAGGGGUCACACCGACCGCCGUGCGCUGCUGGUGCCGCCUCCCAGCCUUCUGCAAGUCGGGGCUGGUGUCUGCAGGCUCCCUGAGGCGCUCCAGGGCAUGCGGAAAGCAGCUCCGAUUUUCGGUAGUAACUUAUACGGGGAAAGAAAACUUCCGAUGCCUGGUGCCUCUGCCACGGGUUAAACCAGAACACUCCGAUAGAGGCUGCAGCAAUAACAAGAGGGCGCUAAAAACCCGAAAGUUUGGGAUUAUCAUAUUUUUAUAAUAUUAAAAGCUUUUACGAAUAUGAAACAUGGCUCUGGCUGAGCCCCAAUUACAGAAGCACUUAAUGAAGCAGCCUACCCACAGACCA